AUGUCAGCAACUAGACCUUCACGCCACCAUGGAUUUCGAGGAUAUGGUGCAGCGGACCAUGAUCGUUUAAAACGUUCAUUAUUACAACCAGUUCAAUCAUGGGAAAGGAAGUGGCAAUAUCCUUCUAAUGGAGUGAAAGGUUUCAAAAUAAUGAAAUGGGUUAAAUCUGAUAGAAAAAUAACUUUUAACGAUGAUGAUGAUGAUGAUCUAGGAGGUGUAACAACACCAGCUCGUCAACCAAUUAUUGAGGAUACACCAACACCAACUGCAUCAAUUAUACAACCACCAACAGAAGCAUCAACACCUCAACCAUCAGAGACCGAACCUGACUCUACAAAUUUCUUGAGACCACUGCCACAUUUAUUAUCAAUACCAAAAGCACCAUCGUUGCUUCGUGAAGCAUCACAAGCAUCAUUCACAUCAGUUAGUACUCCUGGAGAAACAAUUACGACAAACAAUAAUAAUACACCACAUGAUAUGGAAUCAUCUGUAGGAAAUAGUCCUGAAAUGGAGGAUGAAGAAGAACCAAUGGAAGAUAUUAUCACCUCACAACAAAUUUUCAAAAAGAACGAUCAAGCUAAAGAUAAUAAUAUAGAAUUCAAAGAAAAUACAAAACAAGUUAGUGAUAAUAUUAAUAUCAGUAAAAUAUAUAAUAAACAAACAAGUAUUGUUAGCGGAAUAUUUGAUAAAAAUCAAGGUAAAUCGACUAAUAAUUAUGAUGAAAAUGUUAAUCAAAAUGACGAGGAAGAAGAUGACGACGAUGAUGAUGACGAUGAUGAUGAUGAUGAGGAAUAUAUGGUUCGAAAUGAUGAAUACAUUGUUGUUCAGAAUGAAAGUUAUAAUGGUCAAACUGAAGGAUAUGACGGUCAAGGUGAAGAUUAUGAUCAGGUUGAAGAUUAUAGUGGUAAUAUAGAUGAUGAUGAUGAUUAUGAUUAUGGCGAGAGGACAGAUGAAUAUGGUAGUCAAGCAAAUAAUGAAUAUAGUAAUCAACCAAAUAAUGAAUUUAAUAAUCAGGCAAACAAUGAUUACGGUAAUCAACCAAAUAAUAAUUUUGGUAAUCGGGCAAGCAAUGAUUAUGGUGAUCAGACAAAUAAUGAUUAUGAUAGUCAAGCAAAUGAUGAUUUUGGUAGAACAACCGAAUAUGGAAUUAGUGAAUAUGGGAAUACAAGCGAGUAUGGAAGUAAUGAAUACUUGGGAAGAACAAAUGAAUUUGGAAGCCAAAAUGCGGAUGAUUAUGAAGAAUCUUUAAGUGCUUUGAGUGAUUAUGACAAACAACCUAAUGAAUAUACCGAUUUGCAUAUUAAAUAUGGAGAACAACAAAGUAAUAUACCAAGUCAAAUAAGUGAAUAUACUCAACCACAAAAUCCUUAUCAAGAACAUGAAGUAAUAGAUUUUAUUAAACAUGAAAAAGCAAAAGAUGUACAAGAAAAUGACAUUGAACAAGGUCAAUUUAAUUUGGAAGUAUUUACAAAAAAUAUUCAAGAUUCUUGA